UUCUUAACAGGCCGUGGAUUUGGAGAAACCCAUUUCCUAAUGGGUAUCAGAUCUUGUUUUGUUUUGUUUUAUGUAAUUUUUGUAGCUAUGAGAUGGGUUAGUACAAGGGCCACUAAUAAGAAAACCGUGUUGCGAUGAUUAAGAAUGGAGUUUCUCCUGUGGGAUAUGAGCUGGGUUGUGUUUGAAUAUCAAACAGUUGGUCAAUUCAAAUAAGAUUUUUAUUUAUUACUUUUAGGUCUGAAUGAAGUGUCAAAUUGCCAUUUACUAUUUGAGACUUUUGUUAUUCGAGUGGAGGAGAUAUGAUAUCAGGAUAAUUUUAUAGAGAGAGGAAAAGCAUGGGUGGUCAGAGAAGUUUUGAUGUGUGCUUUUACUUGGGUUUUGAUCUGAAUCUGAACAUUUUUUCAAGGUUGGAUGUGAAGUCCUUGGGCAGAUGUAUUGCUGUGUCCAAGGAGUGGAAAGAUGUUGCUGUGUCGGAUGCUUUGUGGGAGAAACACAAAAGGGAAUUGUGGGAAGGGAAGGUUUAUAUUGAUCCAAAAGCUCUCAGGCCUAGUCUUCGUCCAGUAGAGGCUUUUGCUAUUUCUAUAAGGGAAAGCCGCCGGACGAGGUUGACUAUGGAGGAGAUUUGCAGUUUCACCUGGACAGUGCAUUUCAAAUCCAAUGCACCAGCAUAUUGGCUAUCGAUGGAUCCAAUUUAUAAUGGACUGCCUCCAAUGCAACGGUUUUUUCAUCCUGACGGUUAUGUAAGCCCAGGACCCAAUGACCCCGUUUGGGGAGGCCAUGAAUGCAAUUGGAAGUUUGUAAAUGUGGGAGGAGAACGAGUGAAUGUGCGAAUAAACAGCUGGGUCAGCUUGCAGGUUGAGCGCACACCAAACUGGGGAUGGACUAUGAACAAUUUACUGGUUACUUAUAGCGCGCCAAAUUGUUUUCCGGUGGGUUCCCCAUCUGAGAGUCACGGAUGCCAACAACCCGGCACUUCAAUCUGCCACUACUCAAGGAGUCGGAAAGAAUGAAAAAUAAGCAGGAUUUUGAAUUGUGCUCCGCCACCCGGUUUCAUAACUGAUGUGAGAUAUCGUAUAUAUGACGGUCAUUAUGUUCAGUUUUGUUUGCCUUUAAUCCGGUGUACGUUUGAUUCUGUAUCAUAAGUGAGCUUGCUUUGACAGUUACAGACGUUCAUUGAGAAGAGUUGAGAUUUCCAUGAUCUUCUACGGUUAUAUAGAUUAUUUGUAGUUGCGUGCCCUUCUUUGGCUUCUGUGGCGGAUUGAAUAAGGACUCUGAUUUUUUUUGAGUUGGCACUGUUAAAACGGAUUCUCUGAAGAACAGGAGGAAGGUGCAUGAACCUCAAUAUUGUAAUAUUAUUUAUCCUUCUCAAUCUCCGAAUAACGGGAAGAAAGUGCAUGAACUUCCUUUACUGUAAUAUCAUUUAUGCUUCUCGAUCUCCGAAUAAUGGGAUGAAAGUGCAUGAACCUCAUUUACUG